AUGGAAGAGAAAGGCAAAGCUGUGGAAACAUGUAAUAGUGAUGAUGACUACUCAUCAUCAGACAUUCCAUGCAACAAACACCCAAUUUCAUCAUCUGCUGUAGGAAUCUGUGCUCAUUGCCUCAGAGACAGACUGAUCAAACUAGUCUGCUCAGAUUGUGGAGAACAAAGUCUCUCUUCAUGCUCUUGCUCUCAACUACUCUUCUCAUCAUGCACUAAUCCAUGCAGUGUUGAGGUAGGAAGUGUUGGGAGAAUCUCAUUCUUGAUAGAGAAUGAGAGAACUCAUCACACGCGACACUUGAAUUUAUAUUCAAAGCCCAAAAAUGGAGAGAGGUCGUCAGGAGAGCUUGUGCUGCUCAAGAGGAGUAAUAGUAGCUGUGUUGAUAUCAAGAACUCAAAGAAGAGUAGUGGGUUUUGGAGGAUUAGGAGGUUCUUUAGGAAGAAAAUAGAGAAGGGUUGUGAGAGGAUUAGUGUUGGUGAGUCUCAGGAGAAGAGUACUGAUGUGUGGUCUAGGUCUAGGUCACUUUGCAGUUUCAGGGGUUGUGGGAUCAAUGAACCCGAUGAAAAUAGUGAUUUUGCUUCAUCAAGUGCAAAAAUAUCUGAUGUUAGUGGUGGUGUGAUGUUAGAUUCUGAGAAACAUGGUUCUGGAGGUAUCUUGGAGUUUGAAAAUGUCUCUAAUCUGAAGGGUGUGAAAAUGGAUGGUCUCUUGGAGCCUGAUAGUGCUUCUAAUGUGAAAAAUGGGAGUGUUGUUCUAGUAAAAGAAAGUGAGUUCAAUGGCAUGGAAGACUCGGGUUUUAUUGACUUGAAGCUUGAUUCAGCAUCAGAAUCAAAACCAGAGUUCUCUGCUCCAAAAAUGAGUGACUUCUCAGACUCGGAUUUUAGUAGCUUGAUAGGUGGGAUGGCAAUGAACGACGGAAGAAUGAGAAAGGGCAGGAAGCGCCAUAAGGCAUGGAGAUGGAUUUUCAAGCAUCAUUCCGGUUGGGAAAUGGCAACCAUGAAGGUUAAAGACUAG